AUGAUUCUAUUUAAAGUAUACGUCUUUGUUGGUUUUUUAUCCGUCUUAAAGGCACAAAUACAAUUGAUGCCCAACUUGCCUUUGGGUGAAUAUCGAAUAAUAUUCAGGGCAAUUUAUCGAACAAAAGAUUUACCGUUCAAGAUUAAUGAAUAUUUGAGUAAAAAAUCAAUUAAUAGUACCGAAAUGAGAGGGAAUUUCUCAUUGGAUAUACCUUUUGAAGAUUCAUAUACAGGAAGUAUAUUUAAAAUACUUGAUGCAAACUUUGCUUCUUGGAGCUUAAUUGGUGGUUGGAAACCUAAUUCUAUUGUUAACGGUACAUAUGAAUCAUCGGAAUUUGACAAAUCACUUUAUAAUGACAACAAUUUUCCUAAAGAGUAUUUUUAUGGAAAAUAUAAAUUUAUAGGUAAGAUAAAAGAUAAAAAAUAUAAACAACUUGCCUGCAUAGUUGCUGAGAUGAGUGCUAUACGGCCAUGGGAAUCACUCAUGGAUUGA